AUGUUUGAAAUUAACCCGAUUAAAUUAAUAAAAUCUAUCAAAAGUAGACCAGCGUUGUAUACGAAAAAUGAUCCUAUGUACAGUCAUAGGAAACAUAAGGAUAGGUUGUGGCGAGAAGUUUGUAUGGAAGUUCACACCAGCUGGGACGAAUUGAAGCCAGUCGAACGAGUUGAAGCCGUUCGCGACAUCCAGAAGCGUUGGAAAAGCCUCCGGACAUGUUACACGAGAGAACUGAAACUACAACGCAGGGAACGAUUUAAAGUUGAGAACUCUAUAGCAAUAAGAAAAAGAAAAAGAUAUGGAUACUUCAACGAUCUCAGUUUUCUUGGUGGUGAUACAAACGACGUGGAAAUCAAGUACAGCGACGAUGAUAGCGAUCCUUUAGAAGCUCAAUACGAGACACAAGACAUAGAUUUCGCCUUUACAGAUACCCAGGAAGUAAGUAUAGUGCCAGAAGCGUAUGAAGAGGAAAAGAGUGAUGUAUUGGAGAGUAAAAAGAAAGACAGAGAUGAAGAUGAUGAUGAUAGGCAGUUUGUCAUGUCUCUGAUACCGAUGUUUAGGAAGCUCUCGGAUCGACGGAAGCUCGAAGCUCGUAUUGAGGUGAUGAAAGUGUUGCAGAAGAUUUCCUUCGACGAUGUGGAUAAGAAUCGGAAGUAG